UUCGCUUUCCACACCUUCAACUAUCUUUUUGUUCAUUCUGUCAUUUAGUAUUCAGACAGGGUAUUCUUAUAUUUAGACUUGUCAUUUCAGUUUUAGACUUGUAUCUUAUUAGAGAAACUCUUGUACUUAUGACACCAAUCUUGGGUGGUAUUUCAGCUAUUUUUGCAUCUUAUAUCGUGAAGGACAUAGCAUUUUAGAUAUUGGCUUGUCUCUUUACUUUUCCGCUUGAUUAAUUAAAUUGGACCGGUAAAAUUAUUGGGUUGGCUUACUUAUUGGUGCCAUCACAACUUGUGUUUUUGGGUCGUGACUUAAAGUGCUACGAGUAUCUGUAUAAAGGAUUACUAAUUGCCACAACUGGGCAUGAUUAAGUUGUACUUCAGUCAACUGGAACUAUGAAAAGCUUAAGAAGGAGAUGUACUUAGCUACGAAAUAUAGUGGUGGUUGCAUAAUUAUGAUAUUAUUUAUAUAUAGAGUGUUUCUAAGCUUUCCUUUUAAACUUUGUGUUAUUGCAUACAUGUUUAUUUAAAUUCUUCUAACUUUAGUGAGGGAAUGUUGAGACUAACCGAGUACAAGGGAUUGUACUGACGUUCUCCUUAGGGAACUUACGGUGGUCUGCGGUAUUAACAUAGGGGCCAGUUUUGCAGACAAGCAGAUUAAAAGCUAGAGAUCCUUCUCUUCUCGUGCUCUUGGCAGCUCCACUUCUUGCUUUUGGCUGAGUUGCUCGGACUCUUCAAAAUUGUCAACGAGUUCGUGUCGAGUUCUCCAAAAGUAGUGUACUUUUUGAGAUUCCCAUAAGGGUGCGGCAUAGAAAGUGAAGAGUCCGUGCAACUUAGGCUUUUCGCGGGGACACAUAUUUCUUAUUUUGUUAUUCCCUAUAUGUAGUCAUUAUUUUUUGUUUAGAGGCUUCAUAGACAGUCUUAAGAGUUUGGGUUAUGUAUUCACAUUAUGCAUAUGUUGUACAAUGAUGAGAAAAUGCAUAAACACAUUUAUACUGAGCAACUUGACAAGUACACAUACACGUUAACCUGCGGUGAAGUUGGAGUAUAUAAACUCACAUGGACUGUUCAACUGAUAUCCGGUCCUGGGAUCUGGGGAGGAAAUUUGUGGGAAUACAACGUACUUUGUCCGGAGAAGAGAGAUGGUUCACCCGUACAAUGAAGCAUGUGAAAUGUGCACCCACACCCGCACGGGCAUGUUGAUGCAUGGACAAAGAGAUCCCUCACCAAUUGUUAGCUCUUUCUUCAAAGUCAUGGUUGACGUGCUCUUAUUCGAAGUUCUGCACUUUCCUCCCAGUUUUGCUCAAUUGGUCUCUCACUUGACUGAUCAAGAAACUUAUCUGGAGGACUCAAGUGGACAGCGAUGGAGGGUGGGAAUAUGUAACCAUGAUGGCUCGCUUGCAAUUCGGCAAGGAUGGCGUACAUUUUCAUCAGAGCAUGGUCUAAAAUUGGGAAAUUUCUUGGUUUUCCACUAUAUUCAGUGUCAGCACUUCGUUGUUCAGAUAUUUGAAAGAAGUGGAUGUGAAAAGAUCAACUUUGACACUGGCACUUGCACGGGGAAGAAAAGGCCGAGAACUAAUUCUACAGCAACUUCCCAUGAUGAGCUGUCACUGGAAAAAUGGAAUUCAACACCCUCAGUUACUGCUGUACCAGAGUCUGAAAGGGCUGGACUGCAGCCAGUCGCCACAACUUUGGCAUCUCAAUUUGGUAAGAGAGCAAGAGUAGAUAUGAGAGAAUUGAAGGAGAUAGCACCAGAGACACGUUGCCCUCCUAAAAAGUUAAAUGGAAUUGCCACCAAACUGGCCACAUGUUUUAGCAGGCAGGAAGAAGAUGGGAAGGACUAUUAUUUAUCUCAAAGGACCAGAUAAUAGACCGUGGCCCAUCAUCUAUCAUGAGAAGUUCGGUUCUAAGGUUUUGGUGGGAUUAUGGCCAUUAUUUACUAAAGCUUUCGGCCUUAAACCUGGAGAUGAAUGUGUACUCCAACUUUCAGAUCAAGCUUUCGGCCUUAAACCUGGAGAUGAAUGUGUACUCCAACUUUCAGAUCAGUCAAAACGCAUGUUUAAUGUACAUGCUGGAGCUUUAAUUGAUCAUUUCUUCAUUUUUUUAGAUUGUCCAAGCAUCUAGUACAUGUAGCCCACAAGGUUGAUGUCACUCAAAACUACUUGAGUUGAUUAUUGUGAGCACCUGUGAGAACAAUGUAAUGAGAACUAUGACGAGAUUUUACUCUGUGGUUCUUAUGUAGUGGAUGUUGGAUUUUAUACUGGUCAACUUGGCGCUAUCUUCCACUUGGACAUUUAAAGUGGACGUUAUUCAUUUUAAAGCACCUAAAGUAGCCAUAAACUGUGUCACUUUGACAUCUUUUGCUGACAUGGCAAAGUGUGUAGAACACUUGCU